AUGAAGGCGUUGGGAUGGUGGCUGAUAGCGGUGGGCACGCUUCGAUUGGCUUCAGUGUGGUUCGGUUUCUUCGACAUUUGGGCUCUUCGACUGGCCGUCUUCUCCAACACCACAAUGACUGAAGUUCAUGGGCGCACAUUUGGCACUUGGACAUUGUUGACCUGCACCCUUUGCUAUAUCUGUGCAUUCAACCUUGAAAACAAGCCUCUCUAUAUGACUACUUUCUUGUCAUUCAUCUAUGCAUUGGGUCAUUUCUUGACAGAAUAUAUAAUUUAUCACACAAUGGAGAUUAAGAAUCUAACUACUGUUGGCAUAUUUGCAGGAACCUCGAUAAUAUGGAUGCUAUUGCAAUGGAGUUCUCACUCGAAAGUCCACUUGAAACAUUCUUAA